UAUACGAAAAGUUACUCACUGAAAAUAAACAUUUUCUUUUUCUCGUGUUGACAAAUUUUCUUUUCUUUUUCUUUAUUAAUUGAGUUUCGACAAACUAUGUGCCUUUCACCAUUGGAAGUUAAUUGUUAAUCAACUUGUGUCCCACUAAAUUAGGUAAUUAGAAUGAAUUUUAAAUUUCUAAUUAAAGACAAUCAAUCGUUUUCUUUUCUUCUUUGGCCAAUUGAGUUUUCAUUUUCCUUUUAGGCUUUGUUAUUGUUUUCCAUCCAUAUUGUUGUUGUUUGUUGUUACCUGUUGAUUGUUGCCCUUUGAUGGUUAAUUGCUUGUUCCGUCUUCAUCAUCAUCAUCAUCAUUUUCAUCUUCACCUGGUCUCACAUUGGCUACAUCAUCAUCACCUUUAUCAUCUGUUUUCUAUUCUCUUUUAUUGUCAAUAAUUUUCUUCGCCAUCACUUGUUGUUGUCAACGUUUUCCAUUUUCUUUUUUUUCCUUCUUGUUUCCAUUUUUUCUCUCCCUUUUUUCCAAUUGAUUUAAAUCUUAAUUGCUCUCAACCCAAUGAUAGAACUUCUUCCCCAAUUAAUUUAAAAUAUUCACUGUUUAAUUAUCGAUAACAAUUAGUGAUUCAUUUUCGCCAGAAAUUUAUAAUCAAAUCAAAUCCAAGUUCUGAUAUAAAAUACAUACAAAACCAUGACACAAAGAUCGAGUAGAGGUACUAAUGGACCUUGGAGAGUAGUCGCUGCCGAAGCUGCAGCUACUGCCGCUGCUUCUGGACGAAGUAUACGAAAUGGUGGUGAAAGGUUGGCCACUAUUAACGGCGGCGGUGGUGGUGGAAAUGCAAGUGUCCUUGAUGGAAGCUAUUCUGAUGAAUCUCGAUUAUCUGGUAAAAAUAGCACUUCACUUUUAUCAUCAUCAUCUCUGUCCAAAGUAGCAAUAAAACCUUCAUCAAUAACAACAUCAUCUUCAUAUUUACCUUCAUCAGCUAAUGUUAUCAGCACAAUCUCAAAUCAAAGACAACAACAACAACCACAUCAACAGCAAUCACAACGUUCAACACCAACCUUAUUAACAACCACAAAUACAACAUCUUCAUUAUCUUCAAUGUACCACCAUCACCAUGAGAAUCAUUAUUCAUAUAAUAAAACAGGGUAUUCCAGUAAUAAUGGAAGUAUUUCCAAAUCAUCUAUGACUGCUGCUGCUGCCGCUGCUUUGGCAUCAACAUCAGCACCAUCUUCAACCACGGGUACUAAUGCUGGUAAUGGAACCAUGAUUGACACCUCAGAUGAAGAGGAGGAAGAUGAAGAUGAUGAUGAAGAUUAUUCCACACCAAUUAGACGAACAGCCAAUUAUAAGAACAAUUUAAUCACCGCCAGUAGUGGCGGUGGUGGUGGUGGUGGAGGCAGUUCCAGUGGUGGUGGUGGUGGUAAAAUGAAACAAGGUAAUGGAGAGGGAUCUUCGUCAUCCUCUUCACCUUCAACCGCUGCAGCCGCAGCUAAAUUAGAUCGCUACGGGUUUUAUAUUAACGAUCCUCAAUCGAAAGGUUUAUCUGAGGAUAUGAGUAAUUUAUCUUUGGUUGAAAUGACCCGUAAACGUGAAUCAAAAUGGCUUCACAUGUUCACUAAUUGGGAUGAAUAUAUUCACAAGAAGUGGAAAAAGUUGCGAACCCGUUGUCGAAAGGGUAUCCCUGAUUCGGUUCGAGGUAAAGCUUGGUUUUACCUUUGCGCUGGACAUAAACAGAAGCAACGAAAUCCGGAAUUAUUUUUAAAGUUAGAUGGUCAACCGGGCGAUGAAAAGAUUAACGAUGAGAUUCGUAAAGAUUUGAAUAGACAAUUUCCUUCCCAUGAGAUGUUUGCCCAGGAAAAUGGUUCCGGUCAAGAGGAUUUAUAUCGAAUUUUGAAAGCAUUUUCUGUGAUCAAACCGGACAUCGGCUAUUGUCAGGGUCAAGCUCCACUUGCCUCCGUCCUUUUAAUGCAAAUGCCCGCUGAAGAUGCAUUUUGGUGUUUAUUACAAAUCUGUGAUCAUUAUGUUCCCGGUUAUUUUUCACCAGGUUUAGAGGCUAUUCAGCUUCACGGUCAAAUGUUGUCCAGUUUUAUAAAAAAGUUUCACCCGCCAAUUUAUAAAUUGUUUAAGAAGCAAAAAAUUGACCCGGUUCUUUACAUGACCGAAUGGUUUAUGUGUUUCUUUUCUCGAACUCUAUCCUGGCCUUGUGUCCUUCGAGUAUGGGAUAUGUUUUUCUGAGGAAUCGUAGUUAUCUUUAAAGUGGCAAUCAUACUAAUCGCCAGUGUUUUGGGUCGAAAUGAGGAUCGAGUUAAAUGUGUUUCCGCUUAUGAAACGUUAUUCGCAUUGAAAAAUAUUCCAAGUAAAUUUGUUACCGAUGAAUUUCUCAUUGAAAGAGUAAUUAACAUGGACCUAAGUGAAAAGGAUCUUCAAAAGGAGCACAAAGAGCAAAGUUUAAAGCGUCGAAAGGAAAAGGAAAGGUUAAAUCAUGAAAGAUCUAAAUCAACAAGUUCGAUAAUGAAAGGAGGAUCAUCGACAAUUAACUCAGGAUCAAAUAUUUUAUCCACAAACAAUAAAGGCUCAAUCAGAAAUAGAUCUCGUUCCAAGAGUGAUUUUUAAGAAAUCGGUUCACAAUUUAAACCAAUCAACUCUCCUUUUCAAAGAACCACCACCACCACCACCACGAAUCAGUGAACAAAAAACACUCCACUCUCUCUCUCUCUCUCCAUGGUGUGUUUUUUACUUUACCAAUCAAUCAACAAGCUACCAAUUAGUUUUUAUAAUCAGUUUCUCAUAUCUCACAAUAUUGGAAAGUAUUAACUUGAACCAAGAAACCGACAACGAACAGCUAAAAAAUGACCUACAAGCAAGCUCUCUCUCUCUCUUUCACCUCGUCAUCGUUGUUGUUACUUUCGUCGUCAUUGUCGUCCCACUUUGACUCUUAAUUGUUUUGGUAUUGUUACCCUCGAUUGUUUAAUUGUUUCAGAUUGUUUAUUUGUUAACUUUAAAUUGUUUAUCUUGUUUUUGAUAACAACAUUUAUAUUUAUAUAAAUCACCAAAAUAUUUUCCAAUUGAUAUUUCCGCAAAAAAAACGAGAUGUAUUUCAAAACCAUUACAAUUUAUAUUCCUCUGUUGAUUAUAUAUAUUAUUACCUUUAUAAAUCACAACAAUUAAUUGUUUUCUAUUAACUGAGAUUUCUAUCUAAUUGAUUUGAUGAUGUUUUUUUUAAAUUGUAAAUUGUCCCAAUCAAUUGAUAGCAAGAAAAAUGGAGAGAGAGAGAGAUUGAGAGACAAAUGUGAAAUUGUAUCUCUCCAAUUGUCAAAACAUGAAAAAGCAAUUGUAACAAUCAACUAAUUCAGCUAUUUAAUCAGCUGAAUAAACUAUGUCUUUUUUUAUUUAGCGAUUAAUCAAAUUAAAAACUUAUUAUCAUUUA